AUGAGCCUCGAGGACCGCGGGGUUGUUGCUCUGUGGGAGGGAGAGUGGAUGUGGCUGCGGCGUCAUGUGUCGGUGGUGCGCCAGGCAGCGUGGGUGUUUGGCGACCUUGCAGGGUCCGUCUUCGACCUUCCAGCCCACCUAGCCACUGCCAGGGUGUACACGGCGCAGGCCGAUCGCUUCGUCACGGAGAAAACAUUAUUUGCCAGUGAGCAGCUGCGCCGGAGUCACUGGAUUCUGCCGGCGGUUGGCAUCACCUGCACAAGCCUCUUUGUGGUGGCCAAGAGCGCACCGUGGGGAACAUACCGGGCGUUUCGCAACGGCGCCGUCACGGCUGUGCUGCUCACGUGUUUCCUGUUGCCACGGGAGAUUGUUGAUGCCGUCGACGCCGAGUUGCCAUUCGGCACGAGCGACACACACGGUGUGGAUGAAAAUGCAAAGAACUUGGGUGCAAAGUAG